AUGGCCGCCAUGACCCCAGAAAUCUGGGACGAGCUGUCCCACCUGAGGGAGGACAGGCAGAAGAUGCUCGAUGCCGCCGAGAAAGCGAAGCAAGAGGGAGAUGAAGGUGGUGCAGAGUUUCAAAUGAUGCUCGCCGGCGAGAUCUCGGAGAAGAUCGAGGAGCUGGAGAGCAAGCAUGGGUCUGCACCGCCCUUGCCGGGAGCCGGAGGAAACAACAAGGCCAUUGUGCCGGAGUCCAAAGCGAGUGGGCCUACGCCGUCUUUCCAGACGGUGCCUCCUCGAAUAGGCGUUGGGAGCGUGCCACCGCCGCCGGCGAUCUCGGGGGCGAAUUCGAUGAUCAACAUCCCUCCCGGAGUUGCAGGUGCCCUCGCCAUGAGACCGGGCAUGAGCCUCCCAGGCUUGGGCCCCGGCAUGCCGCCGGUGGUGCUGCCUCCGGGCAUCCAGCCGGGCAUGCAGCCGCCGGGCAUGCCGCCAAUGCCAGCAGCCAUUCCGGGCCCGCCGAGCCUCACACAGCAGCAGGCGAUGGAGUACGAUGCAACAAAGGCUGCAUCAACUGCUCUUGAGCCGGAAGUCAUAGAGCUUGUGCACUACUUCAAGAUCGGUGAUAGGCACGCGCGGAUGCUGAACGAACAGCUGAAGCGCCGCAACAACACCUACGAGGAGGACAUCGCCUCCUUGUACGAGAUCCUGAAGGGUGCCAAGAACCCGGCGGACCUUCUCAUGGUUAGCAUCCGAUGGAUGGAGCAAGGCGUCUUCCGUGGCUGCCUCACUCCGAAUCCCAAAGUCGAGAAGGCUUCCAAGAAGUACAAGCUCGACGCGCCCUCGGCGUGCAAGCUUGCCGAGGCCUUAGAGAGCCGGGAAGACCCGGACGAAGCCCUGGACAAGAUCUGCGAGCAUUUGGCGGCCUCGAACAAGCCGUCAUCUUUAGUCAUGAUCAUGCUCAAAGACAUUAAAAACGGUGCUGACAUCCAGCCCUGCACAAAAACUCCAGCCAUCGGCUCCUAUCUACACAAGAAGGAAACCGAGAAGAGUCGGAACCGCACCUCGCGGAGCCGCGAGCGUGAGCGAGACCGGGGCUUCCAGCCACGCAGCAACCGGGCUUCCAGGAGAGUCGGGAGCGGCGGAGUCCUGGCCGAGGUGGGGCCGGCCGCAGGAGCAGGAGUCGAGGCCGUGGAGGCCAUGGCCACGGCGGGGGCGGCCACGGACACCGGGAGCCUCGAGAUCGUGGUGGAGAUCGGGGAGAUCGGGGCGGCCGUGAACGCGACCGGGGCGAUCGGGGCGGUGCAGCGCCUCGGUUGCAUUCAUCGGAGCCUGAUCGCCGAAGUCUACAGCCCCAUUGGCAUCGGGAGGCUCUGGCUGCACGCCUCACCCAAAGGUGCCUUUAAUGUUGGCUGGACGCGUGUCUCCGGUCUUCCACCCGGGCGUGAGUCAGUGAAGCUAUGCUUCAUUCAGCAUAGCGGCAUAGCGCAGAAGUGGAAGACUGGCGACCCUGCCCGCUGUCGAGCACCAGAUCCGCUUGUGUCGGGCCUGGGAGUGUGUUGGUGGUUCGAUGCGGAUGCCGUGGUGUUUGAUUUUUUUACACCCGGAUGUAGUGGGGUCGAGACGAUCGCUCUUUCGCAGUGCGCGCUGCAGCGUGGGGUGACCUACAAGGCUUUCGCCUACGUGGAGGGCCUUAACUCAUCCUAUACGGAUGGACAAGCUUCGCAGCCAGUCUUGGUUUUGGUGCCCGUGGUCUCCAUGCGAUUCAAGACCGAGCCCUUCCUGGCGGAGUCUGUCUUGACCAGCCGUGUGGCCUUCAAAUUCACCACGGAGGCGACGGAUCAAGGUGCUGCCGCAGUGGUCGCAGGAAACGUCUGGGCCAUGGUGGUCCCGGAGCUCCAGGCCCCACAGGUGACGCGCUGGAGCCUGAAGUCCAUGAUGGGAAGCCUGGCCAUGGGAGGUCCCGGCUGCCGCAUCGAUGGUGAGAGCAUGGUGGGAGGCACGGCGGUGGUGUCGCUCACCGAGGUCUCUGCCGUGCUGGAAGACUGUCAACUACGACACGGCUCGACCUACGAGCUGGUGGUCUACGUGGAGGACUUGGACAACCGAUCCGAUGGCACGAUGGUGUUCACUAAGAUUUACACCCCACCAGGCGUCUCGAACAGCUUCAAGUAUCUGCCCAUGAUCGAUGGGAACGUUACAGGGGAGGAGGUCACAGUGCAGUUUGCGGGGGCCAACCCGAUGGGCAAAGCCUGGGCGGUCGUGGUGCCGGCCAGUGCAGUGAGUUCGGCCACCGCCAGCUCAGUGAUGUCUGGGACUGCAGCCCUUGGUGGGCCCGACUGCAUGAUCGCGGCCAUGGACGUCGACGACAACGUGACACAGCACGGGGUGGACUUGGAGAACUGCUCCAUGGCCUUCUCUUCAGAUUACGCCGUGCUCGUCUACUUGGCGGACAUGGGCAUGCACGACGACGGCGAAGAUUAUGGUAAUGAGACCCAUUCAAAGUAA